UCCCGUCCACAAACGUCUUGGACCUAUGCGGCUUCAGCGACAGCCACAGGACCGCUCGUGCCGCUCCCAGCCGCUGAGAGGCCCGCUGAUCAGCACGCUGGACGUCCGUUUCUUCCACGCGCCUCCAAUCGGAAUAAAUAACUGAGGAAUGUUGGAUUUACAGAAUGCCCAACAGCGCUGGAAAGAGAUUUAAACCCACCAAAUACAUCCCGGUGUCCACUGCUGCCACACUCCUCGUCGGAUCGACCACUUUAUUUUUCGUCUUUACGUGCCCCUGGCUAGCAAAGGUGAUCUCUCCUGCUGUGCCUUUCUACAAUGGCCUCGUCUUUCUCUUUGUCUUGGCCAACUUCAGCAUGGCAACCUUUAUGGAUCCUGGUGUUUACCCCAGAGCUAACGAGGAUGAAGACAAGGACGACGAUUUCCGUGCGCCGCUCUACAAAAACGUGGAGAUCAAGGGCAUUCAGGUCCGGAUGAAGUGGUGUGCCACCUGUCACUUCUACAGGCCGCCUCGCUGCUCACACUGCAGCGUCUGUGACAACUGUGUGGAGGACUUUGACCAUCACUGUCCUUGGGUGAACAACUGCAUCGGGCGGAGGAACUACCGCUACUUCUUCCUCUUCCUGCUGUCGCUGAGCGCCCACAUGGUGGGGGUUUUCUCCUUUGGUCUCAUUUUUGUCCUCCACCACAGAGAAAUGCUGGGAGCUCUGCACACAGCCGUCACUCUGGUGGUGAUGUGCGUCGCAGGGCUCUUCUUUAUUCCAGUCAUGGGACUCACUGGGUUUCAUAUGGUGCUUGUAGCUCGUGGUCGGACAACCAAUGAACAGGUGACGGGUAAGUUCCGUGGAGGAGUAAAUCCUUUCACCAAAGGUUGCUGUGGCAACGUGGAGUAUGUCUUGUGCAGUCCCUUGGCACCCAGGUACGUGUUAGACCCGAAGAAAAAACCUCACAUCAAAAUUCAGCCUCCGUUCAUCAGACCUGACACCUCAGAGAGGCAUAUCACCAUUAAGGUCAGCGACAAUGGUAUCCAUGGCACCAUAAUCCACUCCAAGUCCAAAUGCAGCCUUGACGGUUUGGACAGCAAAGAAAUGCAGCCGCCACUGCCGCCCAAAGCUGACAAGUACAGCCAGCUGAAAGCCCCGCAGACCUCCAGCGAAGAGAGUUCUCUCUCCGGGAGGACCCACCCAUCCACCCCUGCCAUGUACAGAUACAGGCCGUCCUUUGGCACCAUGCCGAAGGUUCACUACCACACUGCUGAAGAGAAGAUUAUCAUGUCAGAAGACAGAAAGACUUCAGCUAUCCUCGAAGAAGGCGUCCGUGGCCAUGACUACCGAUCUGAGCCGAAUCUGGACCUGCCCGAGUACGCCAAUGCUCCUCUCCACCGCACCUUUCAGUCGUCCCCUUUCCAGCUGGACUCGGACCCCGUGGCCUCUCGCACUCUCAGCCUAAAGCAGGGGCCGUGCCGCCUGGAAAAGGGCCAGCUCCAGGCCCUGGGGCCUCAGACGGCUGCCUCCACCUCCUACAAGGGUGCCUUUUCACCAAACACCCUCUCCAACAGAAACGGUAGCCUGUCCUACGACAGCCUGCUCAACCCCAGUAUCUCCCCAGCCGGUGCCAAUGAGUGCAGGGCCCACAGAGGGAUGCCCCCCAUGGGGUUCCAUUCCCCCUACCUGCCCAACAAAAUGUGCCACAUCAGGGAGACGGAAAUACACAGACAGCAGGCUGCCCCCGCCUACAGUCCGGUUGUGAUCCCUAGAGGGAUGGGUCGACAGUCCCCCCACCUACGGGACAGGGACUCCUCCCCAGUGCGCUAUGACAACCUCUCCCAGACCAUCAUGGCCUCCAUCCAGGAGCGAAAGGAACUGGAGGAGAGGGAAAAACGCAAGAUGAUGCACGGACGCUCCCAAACCAGCAUCUACACCCCGGACUCUGCCGCGUUCGAUGGGGGUUACGGUCUACCGACCAAAGCUUGCUACCCGGAGGGGCCUCGUGGCUCUUGCUCCAGAGGCCCAACGCCCCCAACCUAUGGGGGCUCCCGGGACAACCUCAUGGGGCUUGGGGUGAUGAGCUACGGUCAAAGAACCCCUGUGCAGCGCUACGCUGGCUCCACACUGGGCCGCGCCCCUCGGACUUCAUCCACCUCCCUGCACACAGAUCACAGUAGCACCAACAGCAGCCAGAACCGGACCCCUGGCCCCGAAGGGCCCUAUUGCUCUCCGGUUCACCAACCUCACUCCCCUGCCAUGCCCCGAUCCCCCUCCUACUCCCACCAGAAACUCUCCUACAUCAAUGCUCAUGAGAAGACAGAGUCACCUCGACUGGGGGGCCAAAGAGAGGCUGUGAAAGUAAACGGGCAGAUGGACUGCCACACGAGCACCCAGAAUGCCUCCCUGAGCCCUGGUCGCCACAGUAACGUCAAAAAGGUGACAGGUGUCGGAGGAACAACGUACGAAAUAUCCGUGUGAGGGGAAGAAAAAAAACAGCAACGACCCCAAUAAAUGAAAUUCUGUGUUCUUCUGCUUUUGAUAAGAUAUUAGACCCUUUGGAUCUGCUGUUUUUUGGAAGUUCUGGGGUGGCAGAUGAUGCUACAAACUGUUCUCGUAGGGAAGUUCUGUAAUUCUGCUCCUCAGACAGAACUGGAAGCCGGUCGUGUCCCUCACCUGAGCCCCGAUGAAGCCUCGGUGGUUCUACACGUCACCAAACCUCAUGAACGAGUUCAAUUCAUUGCCGAAGACCUCUGCCGUUAAGAAAUCUACGGUGCUUCACCUCAACUUUGUGAUGGUGUCGUCUUUUGAGAGGAAAUGGACGAGAAGAGAUGGGGACACAAACAGGAAAAUUCUCUGAUCUAGUCUGGCGGUUGCAUUCCAAAUUCAAUGAGAAAGGCUCGUUUUAAAUGAAAACCCUUUUUUUGUUUGUUUAAAUAAAAAAAUACUUUUCUCAGGAAUUAAUGCAAGCUGCAGAGAUUCUACAUGAUGUAUAUUUGUCUUUUUCCAAAUGCAGGUUUUCUUUCUGAGAUUGUUUGUUUUCUGUUAUACUUACAAUUAUGGAACAUAAGAAAAUCUCAAUUUGUUUUUUUUUGUUUGUUCUUAAAGUUCAGAUCAACCCACAAGUGAUUACUAAGAAUCUGAAAACUAGAAUAAUUUGUCAGAAACAUUAGUUAAAAACUCCGUUGUUCAGGUUUUUGCCAAAAUUAAAUAAAACAUGAAGGGUUUUCAAAAGUAAGCUUCAUACAUUUCAUGCUUAAACCUCUUUUCUGUAUAAACUUGAGUUUUUCAAAGCUAUGUUUGAUUUUUUUCUUUAUAGUUAAAGCUAGGAAUGGAUGUUGAGUGUUUUUCUUAUAAAUUAUGACUUUUAAUGGAUGAAUAAGAUCAAAAUGGAUCAAUCUAAGAAAAUAUAGUCACUUCUAUUUUGCUGUGUAAUUAAAAAAAAUGAAAUGAAAAAGGUUUAAAUGUUGUGGAAUUCAAAUAUAAAUCCAUGGUGAACAUUUACAGUCCAUAUGGAAUGUGGACUUUCUGUACUGUCUGACAGGGCUUUUGGUUCAACUGCCAUGAAACUUGUCCCAUGUGGCCAUAAAGACCUGGAACUCCUCAAAGCUGUCUGGUACAGCUAUGUCGUCACACCAGUGACUUUGUUUCCACUUUUCAAAGGACUUGGAUGUAAAAUGUUCCUUUUUGAGGGGAAACCAUAGUUGCCUUUUUGUUUUAUUCUUGUCAAAGAGAUGUUUACUUCACAAACUGGCUGAAACUUUAAGAUUGAGCUGUGGUUUUGUUUGUGGCUAGCAUUCUAGAAGACGUGGGUUUUUCGAUGGUAAACACAUCUUCCAGGAUAUUUUGGAGAUGAAAGCAGGACGGAGGCUGUGUGGAGGUUACCGCCAACGCCGUAGUUCCCGCCCCUUUUUGAACGCGUCACCCAGCUGCCUUAACUAGGACGGUGAAGCAAAGCUUGCUGCUUUUGGUGGCGAACAGGGCUAGCUUUCCCCACAAACCGGACGGGUGUGCAACUUCAUCUUCAGUUACAGAGGACCCCUGAAAAGUCCUCAUUUGCCUACAAUGACAGCAUAUCAAAAUGGAAUUGAUGUCAUUUCCCCUAAAGAUGACUGCCGUUCGUACAAUGUUCAUGUCUACAGAUGGAUGUGACUGCAUGUCGGGUCGUUCCUGACAGCUGGUGAUAAAUCCAUCCGCCACAGGCUGCUGGUUUCACUGUCCAAACCAUGUAUACCACGAGUGUAAACGUAUUUUUGUGAAGAGGAAAUAUUCCCAUUGAUCUGAGCAAAGUCAAUAAAGAGUUUCCCACUCGGGUGAAUCAAACUCA